CAAAACCAAAAAAAAAAAAAAAAGAAAAAGGAAAAAGAAAGCGUCCAUUUCUACUUUUCCCUUCUUUUUCUCUCUCUCUCCUUUUGCUUGUAUGGGCGGCUGAGGAUCAUUUGCACCAAGCUUGAUAGCAGUAUAUCAUCUAACCGUACGUUUUAUUUCUUAAUUUUCUUGACGAAGUAAGGGAAUAGCCAGCUGGGGAGGCUGCGAAAAAUGGCCAGCUCAUGCUCUCUGCAGUGUGGAAAUGAUGGCCAGAACUGCUGGCAAACAUGCCCGGAAGUUAGUGGUGCCGGGCCGGCCGCGGCGGCUGCGGCUGAAGGUUGUAAUAAAGGGUUCAUGCUGUUUGGUGUGAGAGUGAUGGAGGGAUCAUUCAGGAAAAGUGCUAGUAUGAACAAUCUUGCUCAGUUUGAGCAGCCUCAGGAUUCCAUGAAUAAUAAUGAUGUUAAUGCCGGAUAUGCUUCUGAUGAUGUUGUCCAUCCUUCUGCUAGAAACCGGGAACGAAAACGAGGAGUGCCCUGGACUGAGGACGAGCACAGGCUAUUUUUGCUGGGAUUGCAAAAAGUGGGGAAAGGAGAUUGGAGAGGAAUUUCAAGAAACUUUGUUAAGACACGUACACCUACUCAGGUUGCUAGCCAUGCUCAGAAAUACUUCCUCCGCCGCAACAAUCACAGCCGGAGGCGCCGGAGAUCUAGUCUCUUUGACAUCACCACUGAUACGGUUUUGGGCUCAGCAAUGGAAGACAGAACACAAGAAGAAUCCGUGCCUCAACCAGCAAUGCAACAGCAGAAAAAUCUAAUCAACAAUCUGGAAAAAUUUCCCAUGUCCACCUAUCCAACAAAUAUUGCGCCUGUAAUGUUACCAGUCAGCCCAGUCAAGGGUGCAUCAUCGUUAGAGAGCCUUACAUUAGGACCAGCCAACAAUCAAUUGCUGCUAAACCGUACCAACAAUGCAUCAUCCCCAACUCCUAAGCUUAUUCGUCCAAUCCCUCUUGCUCCGAUCCCUCCAUCCUCAAAAAUGGCAGAUCUCAACUUAAACAAGACAACCAUCCCAGACCCUUUGCCUUUAUCAUUAAAACUAUCAACCCCUUCGUCAUCAGCAGCAUCACAACCAUCAUCAGAGCAGCACUCGCCGUCAUCAUCGUCACCGCCGGCGAGGCACACAUCACCAUUUCAGGCCAUGCCAAGUAGUUUUGACAAUAGCAGUGGAGAUAGCAUCAUCAGUGUUGCUUGAUGGAGAAAAAGCCUAAUUAGUAGUACGUACAAGUAGUAAUGUUAUUAUAACUAAUGCAAUCUGUGUUGUAAAGUAGAGCUUUUCUUUUCUUUUCUUUUUUAGAGUAACAUAAUAUGAUAGGGUUAGGUUUGAUUAGCUUUUAGCAUUAGAUUAUUAGGUGGUUAAUUAGAGACAAUUCCUUGUUGUACAGGGUUUGGGGGUAAUAAUUAAUUAAUUAAUUAAUAAUGUGAUGAGAGUGAGAUAACGUUAAGUCACUUUCAAUAGUUGGGGAAAUUCCUGUUUUAUUUAUGGCUGAUUCCUUUGUGGCCUCGUACAGGCAAAAUGGAUCAACUUUCUGCUUGUUGGUGUC